AUGGCCGUCUUCCUACUAAAUCUUAUAACAUUCCUCUUUCUACCACAACUCCAGGCAAUUGCAGCAGCAACACAAGCUCCAGGCAAGUGCAGUGGCUGCUGCGGGGACGGUCUGGUGAUCCGGCCGCCGUUCCGUCUUAAACCCCGUCGUAAUGAUCAUCAGGCUGCUGCAGCAGGAGGCCAUGGCUGUGUCUUGCCCCGUCACUAUCUUUCCUGCGCCCAGAACCGAACUUGGCUAGAGCUCUCCCCCUCUCUGAAACUGCAUGUCAAGUAUAUCGACUAUGCAUCACACGUUAUCCACACUUCUUAUCCUGAUCUCGACUGCUUUACCAAACACUUUCCAGACACCAUCAAUCUGUCUUCUUGUCCCUUCCGAUUCGCAGAAGAUUACAUUUUAUAUAACUUCAGCCUCUUCCACUGUUCAUCCACAAAGCCGGACAGCUACUCGUUUGUUUACCCUGACCCCAUUCGCAAAGUUUAUGCUAUAGCUUCUUACGUUCCCGUCGUGAAGUUUCCCAUGUUUUCCUGCAAAAAGAUGUGCGACAUUUAUUCAUUUCCAGAUAGUUUCUACUCUCUCUUCGUGAGCUUAGAUUCAAAUGGUCCCAAGUCGCUUGUCCAACUCGAAUGUGCCCCCCAGAAAUCAGCCAUAGCCAACGCAAAACUGCAGUAUUCAAAUGCGUUGCAUUUUUACUUUUGCUGGAUUAAAAUAAAAAAAGAUGAUCAAGCAAAGAUCAAGCAAUUUUUGAAAUACUAUAGAAGUCGCAAGCCUGCAAGAUAUUCCUAUGCCGACAAGAAAAUCACCAACAAAUUCAAGCACAAAAUAGGCCAAGGAGGCUAUGGAACAGUGUACAAAGGAAAGUUCUCUAAUGACGUCCAUGUUGCAGUCAAGAUCCUCCAUGAUGUCAAGGGAAAUGGAGAAGAGUUCAUCAAUGAAGUGGGAACCAUAGGAAGAAUUCACCACAUAAACAUUGUCCGUUUAGUUGGCUUCUGCGUUGAUGGCUUUCGAAGGGCUCUUAUUUACGAGUUCUUGACCAAUUAUUCACUGGAAAAGUUCAUUUCAUCCAAUAAGGAGAGACUCUCAUUAGGGUGGAAAAAGUUACAAGACAUUGCUCUAGGCGUAGCUAGAGGAGUUGAAUAUCUCCACCAAGGUUGUGAUCAACAAAUACUUCAUUUUGAUAUUAAACCUAACAAUGUCCUGCUAGAUCAUAGAUUCAACCCAAAAAUAUCUGAUUUCGGCUUGGCGAAAUUGUGUUCCAAAGAACAAAAUGUGAUUUCAAUGACUGCUGCUAGAGGCAUCGUAGGCUAUAUUGCACCAGAAGUAUUCUCUAGAAACUUUGGAAAUGUAUCGUUCAAAUCAGACGUAUAUAGUUUUGGAAUGCUCCUACUAGAAAUGGUUGGAGUGAGGCAAAACAGUGCUGCAAAACAAGACAGCUCAGAAAGCGAAGCUUACUUCCCUGAAUGGAUUUAUGGAUAUUUGGAACAGGGGGUAGAGGCAGUGCCAAGCAUCCAAGUGGAACAAGAAGAAGAUGCGAGGAUUGCUAGGAAGCUAAUUAUUGUGGGGCUUUGGUGCACGCAAUGGUACCCAAUGCAUAGGCCAUCAAUGAAAGAUGUGGUGCGGAUGCUAGAAGUAGAAGGUGAUGAUGAAGGCACGUUGAGGGUGCCCCCGAGUCCACAUGUUGCUGCUAAUCCCUUCACGACCAGAGAAAAAAUUAGUGCAAGGGUGACAUCUAGUUAUUUAGAAAUCAUUUCCGAAUCGGAGUGA